ACAGGAAGGAAGGAGAGAGAGAGAGAGAGAGAGAGAGAGAGAGAGAGAGAGUAGCGAAAAGGAGGAGCACCACUCGUGGGGUUAAAACUUAAAACCCCGAGGAGUCGAGCGCAUACGAGCAGCAGCACGAGGAAGAAGGAGAAGAAGCAGCAGGGCCAGAAGCGAAGCGAGAAAGAGCCAAGAAGCGAAGCGAGCGGCACCCUGGGAGGACGGUUGCAAGCGCAUGAGGAGGAAGCUGCGGCCGUAAGCAAGAGGCAGCAGCAGCGGCAGGGUGCUCCUCUCUUCGUUGUCCCCUCCGGCGGCGGCGGUCGGAUCUGCGGUUAAGCGGCGGCGGGUCCCCCGGAGCUCUGAGCUGUCAUUCCCGAGCUCGUGGCGGCGAGAUCUGAGUUCGGUCGCGCGGGAGGAGGUUUCGCUGUGCCGGCGUGCCUCCUGGUGCUGCCGGAGACGCAAAGGCGGCGGCUUUGAGCAUUGCCGUCCCUUCCCCCGCAAGCUCUGAAGCUUCCCCGGAGUUGAAACUGGUGUUCUUGGACAAAGAGGCUCGCGUCGUGAUGUAAAUUUGAGCUCUCGGAUCGAAAAGAUUGCGCCUUUGCGCCGGCCGGCGGCGCGGACGGAGCGAGGAGGUUUGGCCGGUUCGGCGGAGGAGGAGGUGGCGCUGCCAGGCUUCUCAAUCCGAACCGCGAAGGCGCGUGAUUUGGCGUAGAGAGAAGGGCCCUUGCUUCGGUUCUCUCCCUUCCCCUCUCCAUUUCGCGCGCUCCUGGAACGCGUUUCGGAUCGGUCGGCGAGUGGUGGGGGAAGAAUGAAGCUCUCGCCGUCGGCCGCCGGCGGUCUUCAGGACCAGCCGGCGUCGCCGGAAGAAGCAGAAGAGAACAAGUGCCUAAAUUCUGAGUUGUGGCAUGCGUGUGCCGGGCCUCUUGUUUCGUUGCCUGCGGUUGGUAGUCGGGUGGUGUAUUUUCCUCAAGGCCACGGUGAGCAGGUAGCAGCAUCAACCAAUAAGGAAAUGGAAUCUCAGAUUCCCAACUAUCCUAGCCUUCCUCCGCAGCUUAUAUGCCAGCUCCAUAAUGUGACCAUGCAUGCUGAUGCAGAGACAGAUGAGGUGUAUGCACAGAUGACACUGCAGCCACUCAGCCCACAAGAGCUCAAGGACCCAUUUCUACCUGCUGAGUUAGGCGGUGCCAGCAAGCAACCAACAAACUACUUUUGCAAGACAUUAACUGCGAGUGACACAAGUACACAUGGUGGAUUCUCAGUUCCCCGCCGAGCAGCAGAGAAGGUGUUUCCUCCACUGGAUUUCAAUCAGCAGCCACCAGCACAGGAGUUGAUUGCAAAAGAUCUUCAUGGCAAUGAGUGGAAAUUUCGUCAUAUAUUUCGGGGUCAACCAAAGCGGCAUCUUCUGACAACAGGUUGGAGUGUCUUUGUUAGUGCAAAGAGACUGGUCGCUGGAGAUUCUGUCCUUUUUAUCUGGAAUGACAAUAACCAGCUGCUUCUGGGCAUUCGUCGGGCAAACAGGCCACAAACGGUCAUGCCAUCAUCAGUACUUUCUAGUGAUAGCAUGCACAUUGGUCUGCUGGCUGCAGCAGCUCAUGCUGCAUCAACAAAUAGCCGGUUUACUAUUUUCUAUAAUCCAAGAGCAAGCCCUUGUGAGUUUGUCAUACCAUUGGCUAAAUACGUGAAAGCUGUGUACCAUACCCGUAUAUCUGUGGGUAUGCGUUUCCGGAUGUUAUUUGAGACAGAGGAAUCUAGUGUCAGACGAUACAUGGGGACAAUUACAGGAAUAAGUGAUCUCGAUCCUGUUCGCUGGCCGAACUCGCACUGGCGUUCUGUAAAGGUUGGAUGGGAUGAAUCAACUGCUGGAGAGAAGCAGCCAAGGGUGUCUCUUUGGGAGAUUGAACCAUUGACAACUUUUCCGAUGUAUCCAUCUCCUUUUGCUCUUGGAUUAAAGCGUCCAUGGCCUACAGGCUUGCCUUCUUUAUAUGGUGGAAGGGAUGAUGGCUUGACCUCUUCUCUUAUGUGGCUUCGAGACGGCACAAACCCAAGUUUCCAGUCAUUGAAUUUUGGCGGGCUUGGUACGAGUCCGAGUCCUUGGAUGCAGCCGAGGAUGGAUAAUUCCCUACUUGGUCUGCAAUCUGACAUGUACCAGACCAUAGCAGCCGCAGCAGCAUUACAGGGCACCACAAAGCAAAUCUCACCUUCAUUAAUGCAGUUCCAGCAGCCGCAGAAUAUCGUUGGUAGAUCUGCUCUCCUAUCUAAUCAGAUUAUGCAGCAGGUGCAGCCUCAGUUUCAGCAAAUGUACAACCAAAAUAUCAAUGACAACACAGUUCAAGGUCAUACUCAAGCUGAGUACCUCCAGCAGCAGCUUCAACGCUGCCACUCAUUUAGUGAGCAGAAGCCUCAGCUGCAUCCACAGCAACAGCGGCAAGAAUCACAGCAGCAGCAGGAAUGUGUGCAAACGCCACAGAAUCAACAACUGCAUUGUUUGCCAAAUGCGCUAUCAGCUUUCUCUCAGCUUUCUUCAGUCACUCAAUCUCCAUCUUCCACAUUACCAGCAGUUCCAGCAUUCUCACAUCAACAAAACUUUGCAGACACAAACAUCAGCGCUCUCUCACCAUCGGGUGGCUCUUCCAUGCAAGGCAUGUUGGGACAGUUACCAUCAGAUGCACCUUCGAGCCUCCCAUGUGUGGCAAGAAACACCCCUUUAUCGAUAUCUGACCCAUGGUCAUCUAAGCGAGUUGCAGUGGAGUCUGUUAAUCCUUCCCGACCUCAUGUUGUUUCGGCCCAGAUAGAACAAUUGGAUAUGACGCCAUGUAAUUUGCCACAAAACUCUGCAUUAGCACCAUUACCUGGACGAGGGUGCUUAGUGGAUCAAGAUGAGAGCUCUGAUCCUCAAAAUCACCUGUUAUUUGGUGUUAACAUAGACUCACAGUCACUUUUGAUGCAAGGUGGCAUUCCAGGCCAUCAGAAUGAUAAUGAUUCAAGCACGAUUCCAUAUUCAACCUCCAAUUUCCUGAGCCCUUCUCAGAAUGAUUUCCCCUUGGGUCAACCACUACCUAGUACAGGCUGCUUAGAUGAGUCGAGCUAUGUUCCAAGUGCAGAGAAUUCCGAGCAAGCAAAUCAACAGUUUGCAACCUUUGUGAAGGUUUACAAAUCUGGAACCGUUGGAAGGCUGCUCGAUAUCACUAGAUUCAGCAGCUAUGAUGAGCUUCGUAGUGAGGUGGGGCGUCUAUUUGGCCUUGAGGGCCAGUUGGAAGACCCUUUGAGAUCAGGCUGGCAGCUUGUAUUUGUUGAUGGAGAGGACGAUGUCCUUUUAGUUGGUGAUGACCCGUGGCAGGAAUUCGUGAACAGUGUGUCCUGCAUAAAGAUACUUUCACUGGAGGAGGUUCAGCAGAUGGGCAAGCAGGGCAUUGAGCUCUUGAGCUCGGCUCCUGCCAGAAGGCUCAGCAAUGGUUGUGACAGCUAUGUUAGCAGGCAGGAAUCAAAAAACCUGAGCACUGGAAUGACGCCAGUGGGUUCGGUUGAGUUCUGAAGAUAGGGAGCCCAUAGCCCGUGGUGCUACCGCGCUAGGAUGCCUCUUACUGUAUGUUCCCACAGCUCUUCCUAGUUUUGUGGCUUGGAACCAAGCACAUAGAUCAAUGUAGCCCGAUGUUCUACUAUGCCAUCUGAUGAUUAUGUCAUAUGAUAUAGACUCUUAGCAGUAACUACUAUGUUUUUGUAUACAUGCUGGCACUUAGUUCCCUGGAACACUAAUACCACUAAUUUAGUGCAUCUACUCGUUCUGCACUUGCUGGCACAAAUGCAGCACGGUCCGUGUUGUAAUUGUAAAAAUGUCUCAAAUGGAAGUUAGGGACAUCUCAUAGAACUCAGACCAGUGACUAGUGUGCUAAUCCUCUCCUUUUUUUUUGUUUUGUUUUGCUUAUACACAUGUAAAACCUAUAGAGGCACUUCGAACUUAGCAAUGAGAGAUGCAAUUUCUUCA